AUGUCUGAUACAUUCCAUCUCCCUCCUCCUCCUCCUCCACCUCCACCUUACAUCAAUAAUACCAGUACACCCACUGCAAAUGUAAAUGCAAACGUAACCAACCACAACACCUCUCCCAAUCCCAAUUCCAAUGUAACAAACUACAACUACGUCAUCGGCAACACACCCCUAACCGACCCUCUAGUCAAACUAUCCCACGUCAAAGGACAUCUUGUGCUCUUACGCUCUUUUUCUGAGUUGAAAGCGAAAGUUGAAGGGUUUGAUUUUGGGCGUUUGUGGGUUCCACGACACCAAGAUGAAGAUAAAGAGAGGAAGUGGAAGUGGACGUUUUUUGUUGGGUUGGCUGUGGAACGGUUCGAUGUUUGGUGUAGGAGUAUCACUGAAGAGGAUUGUAUGAGAUCGUUGUACUCCAUUAUUCCUCCUGUGGAUGUUGUAAUGGUCUGGCAUACCUACAUGCUUAACCCUCUGUGGUACAAAGACGAUUGCGCUCGAAUCGACGUUUGUAGAAAGAUGAAGAGCUUGGAAAGGCAUUUUGAGCAGCUUUUGCUCGACCCGUCGAUAAUGACUUCAAAUCCGCCUGCUAAACCCCGAGUGGACCAUUGGGAGUUUAAUACGAGGCUAGGCUUUGACUUGUUCGAUGAUGCGCGGAAUAUGGUUAUGGUUAAGAAGGCUAUAUCGUGUCCUAUGUGUGAUGCGGUGAUUCAAGUUGAUUAUGUGAAUGAUGAGGGGACGGGGUAUCUCCAGUGGAAUUUCAAGACGGCGUGUUUUAAUCAGGGGUGUACGUUUGGAGAGAUUGAUAAGGAGAAGUUGGCGCUUGGAAAGCUUUCGAGGGACUUAGCACGGCCGUCGGAUAGUGAUAACCCUGCGAACCAUCUUCCCGGCAUAAUGCAGUCUUCGUCCUUUGGCGAAUCGCAGGUGAAGGAGAGUCGAAGGAUAAAGGAUUUAGUUUGUCAAGCUGCCAUGAAGACGGCGAAGGCGAAUGACAACUUACUUCAAGGCGAUGGGAAGGAGAUCACUUAUCGUCAGAUGUAUCUGGCAAUUAUGGAGGUGUGCAAGUAUUCUAUGGAUAUGCUUAGAAGGAGAAUGGGGUUUUCGUACCAGCCUACGUUGGUAGGGAGAAUUGUGAGCGCUUAUAAUGAUGAUAAAGUCUAUUCAAUCGAUCUAGUAGGAGCGGUCCUCCGUCAGGGAUCGUUUGUGAACAAGAUGCGCGAGCUCGGAUGGACGUCUAGCCGAUUUUUCGACGGGUCAAGUAAUGAGUUGGCACUGCAGCACGCUUUAUCUCGGUAUCACGCAUUUUUGGAUCUGAUGGUGUCGUCUACUUCGUCCACCCUCUCGGGAUCAUCCUCCAAGUUUCUCGUUCCGACACUUGACAUUGAUUUGAUUUGGCAUACUCACCAGCUGAUACCCGCGAAAUAUGAGAGCGAUUGUACGAUGCUCUUGAAGAGGUUUCUUGACCAUGACGACAAGGUCGAGGGACUGAGGUUAUCUUCUGCGUUUGAUAUCACUGCGCGCGCGUGGAAGGAUCGGUUUGGGGUUCAGUAUACGUAUUGCGGGUGUCCUACGGUGGGAGAUACCAUCGGCGAGCGGUUGUUGCAUGCCAUUGAGCACAAGUCCAAGGCCAAGGCGAAAUCUACUACUCUUCUUAUCCCGCCCACUGAUCAGCCAGAUGCGCUAUCGGCUACUCAUCCGAGUGAUCAUAAUUCUGUCCGGUUUAUUGCGCAUGAUGAACGGGCGAGAAAUGAGAAAGCGAAGAGGUAUGAUAGUCUUAUUGAGAAGAAGGAGAAAGAGCGUCAGGCGGCUGUGAAAAAGGCUGCUGCUAAAGCUGCAUCGGUCAAUGGGUCUGCUACUGAAGUCACGCGCGACCGUGACAAGUCAGUCAACUGUGGCUUCAACACUGCAUUUUUGUUUCCGUUGCCGUUAGAGUUUGCGAAGGGCGUGUCGAGUCCAACUGCCAUUGCCAGUGACGGGUGCAUCGAUUUGGAUGGGUCCGUCGUUGUCUCCGUUGCAGGGUGUAAGAGAACUAUCGCACCGGCUCCAAACAAGAUGGACCACAUUGCGAUCAGCGAGUAUUGUGGGACGUUAAGUUUCCCGGCACUACUUUUGCUUGAUUGCGGAGCGGUGGAAGAUGAAGACGAAGUGCUAGAAUGGGAAGUCGCAUUCGUCUCGCUCGCAGAACUCGCCGUUUUCGACACCGUUACCCUCCCGCUCAGACUGUCUGAUGGCGUAGGUGUAGCACCAGCACCAGCACUGGUAGCGGCACCAACCGCGAGAUUGACGCCGUUUGAAAUAGACGCGGUCGUGACGCAAUUGGACGAUCUGGGCGUCGUAUAG